AUGUCUCGGCGGCGGGACAUCCUGUCCGAGGUGGUGCUGUUCGCUCGCCCGGAGCGCCCCGCUUCGACUUCUCGUCGGGUGCUGUCGCGCUGGAAGGAGGAGAUGGAGCUGGUGGAGACGGCGAAUCGUUCUCUCUUGGCCUUGCGUCAGCUCUACCGCGGGAGUCUGGACGACAGUCUACUGGGCCUGGCCGACUGCUGGGGCCAGGGGAUCGUGCCCGACAACCUGGACGGGGACCUCUCUCGGCGGGUGCUGGGAGAAGUUCGUCGCCAGUCGCCGCCUUCGACUACACCCUCACAAGGAGCCGCACUCUUGCGGCUGCGCCCUGCUGCCUCGGCGGCGGGCCAUCAGUCCCAGUCCACCUUCAAACAGAGGGUGGCCGAACUUCGGAGGAGGAGUGCUGGCGGAAGUGGACGGCUGCCGGACAGGGGCGAGACGUUUCCAGCUCAAUGGGAUCGAGUCGCUCUACCUCCUCCGGGGACCAGACCUGUGAGUGUGAGGUCUGUGUCGCCUCGCGUGGCACAGAAGUUGGAGAUGUUCAAGGAGGAGAUGUUGAGAGAGGAUGGCGAGGCUUGUGUUCAGGCCUGCGAGAUUCGCAACUACGUGGACCCGCAUUUCCGCAAGAAGAAGGAAAUGUUGCAGCUGGCCCGACGGAUGACUUUGGCGGGGAUGUUGUGCCGCACCGCAGUGAAGGUGGACGAGGUCGGGCUCUUUUGCGUCGUGAAGAAGGCGGAGCUGGUGGGGAGCGAGCCCGAGGUGACCCUGAGGCUAGUGUUCGACCAGAGGCGCUCCAACAUGCGGUGGCGGUCUCCCCCGUGGUGUGCCAUGGGCGGCGUCAGUGCGAUGUCGUUUCUGGACGUGUCCGAGGAGAUGAAGGAGGAUGGCGUGACCAUGUGCUUCGGCACGGGCGACCUCCCCGACUUCUACUACACGCUGGAGCUGGGGGAGGAGCUGGCGCCGUACUUCGUGCUGCCCGGCGUUUCUGGGGAUGCGCUGGACGCUCUGCUUCCCGAAGGUUCGUCUCUGCCUGGGAGUGGGCCCUACGUCGGGGUGAAGGUCGCUCUGAUGGGCUUCUCCUGGGCGUGCUGGAUGGCUCAGACGACUAUGGAGGACAUCUUCAAUACUGGGCCCCAGUUCGGUCUUUCUUCGCUUUCAGGCGACCAACGUUUGGCCGAAGGCGGACCGCUGCCCCAUCUCGGUCGGGAUCUGCCUGCUGCGCACUACGAGUACAUCGACGAUUUCGGCAUCAUGGGCCUGGACUUCCCGACACGACCUGGCCAGGAGGCGGGGAUGACGGUGGAGGAGAUCUGGCUCGGUGCCAAGGAGUUGGUGGUGUCCGCGGGGUUCAAGGUGCACAAGGAUGCUUGUGCGGCGGACGCCCGCAUGAUUGGUGGCGAUCUUCGGGGAACUCGUCUGGCGCCGAACCAGGACAAGAUGUGGUUGGCGGUCUUCGGGAUACGGGAGAUCCUGAUCCACAAGUGGGAACUACCCGAUACCGUCGCACGGAUCGUCGGCAUAUUGUCCUGGGGGUUCCUGAUCUGCCGUGGUGCUUUGAGCGUCUUCGCGGACGUGUACGCGUGGUGCAUGGAGUUCCGAGGUGGAGCUCGGCGCGAGGUUCCACGGGAAGUGCGGAGGGAGUUGGCUGCGGCUGCGGCUUUGGUGCCGCUGAUCUCGGUGGACCUCUCGACGCCCUGGGACCCGAUAGUGACGAUGUUCGAUGCGAGCCUCUACGGUGGUGCGCUCAUCUCUACGGUGGCAACGGUGGAGGAGCAGCGUCGAGAAGCACGAUAUGCAGUUCGAGGAGGGUGGACCGUCUGGACGGGCAUCUCCUCGUCCUGGGCUGCGGACGCCUGGUGCGAGGGGGAGGCCUUCAGACGCGUGGGUACCGACGUGGAGUUGGGUACCCGGAUCCGCGUUCCACCUGUGCACGAGUGUUGGGGCGACAUCGCUCGGUGGAAGGAGAUUGUGCGCUGGCGCUGGGAGGAAAAGGAGCACAUCAACUUGCUGGAGAUGCGCACGGGGGUGGCCGCGGCGAGGCACUCGGCCCGCACCCGGGCGAGCUGGGGGAAGAGGCACUUACGCAUCACGGACUCGAUGGUUUGCCUCGGCGGCUUCAGCAAGGGCAGAUCGGCCAGCCGGCCCAUUCUGAUCUUGUGCAGGAGAAUGGCCGCCCUCGACCUCGGGUGCGGCAUGCGGGAGUACUGGCGCUGGGUGCCGUCGGACCGCAACCACAGCGACGGGCCGAGCCGAGGUUUCCCGAUUGGGCAGGCACCGAAGGAGCGGAGGACGGGCGAGCUGGUGUUGCCGGAGAAGGUGGCUUCGAGGAUCGAGGCCCUGGCGGACUUGGCGGAGGUGGACCCCUUCCAGCCGCUCAGGAUGGGCGUCUCGAUCCCGGUGAAGGUGCGGCGCUUCGUCCACCUCUGCAGUGGCCACACGAGCAUCGGGGACCUGGAGGACUGGCUGCUCAGGAUCGCGGGGUCGCGAGGCUACCUGAUGAUCUGCACCAACGUGGACAUCGGCUUCGGGGCGGAGUUCGACCUGACGGACGAGGUCAACGUGCGGAGGCUGGAGCUGCUGGCGGAAGCCCUCCAUGCUCUACCUGGUCGCGGGUUCGCUUCCAGCCUGGAGGCCCCCCCCCGCUACGACUGCGAGAUCAGCUGGGACGACGCAAAGAAGGUGAAGCUUGGGAACGCGCAGUUGCUGAGCAGCUUGAGGAUCCUGAAGGCGAUCGGGCUCAAGGGAGGCUCGGUCUCCAUCGAGCAUCCUGCCGAUCCGGGUUGUCCGCCGUUUCAAUCGAUCUUCGUGACCAAGGAGCUUGUGGACUGGGAGGCCCGGGUGGGUGCCUACCGAGUGACCUUCCCGCAGUGCAUGUGGGGCUGCCCCGCGCUGAAGCUGACGACGCUCACGGGGACGGCCUUCGGGAUGCAGCGGUUUGUUCGUCCCUGCGUGCACGAGAACCACUCGGCGAGCCUCUGUGGCAAGGACGAGAGCGGUCGUUUUCGGACAAGGGUGGCCCAGGCGUACCCGUCCGACUUCUGCAGGAUGUUGGCGGAGUGCCACGUGGACGCAAUGCUGACCAUGCAGGAGAGACGGGAGGCCGACCUGACCGAGAGGGCCGUGGAGCAAUUGAUUUCAGAGACCCUGUAG